GAACGGAAAGCAACUUCCGGCUGCAGUCAUUCUGCCGGGCACCGGCGACCUGUGGCGUGAGAGAGCGCGGCGGAAACCCUCAACUAGCUGGCAUUCAUACCAUCCUUUAUAGUGAUGCUACAGGACAAAGAGGAAUGGAUAAAAACAUUGGUGAGCAACUCAAUAGAGCAUAUGAAGCCUUCCGACAGGCAUGCAUGGAUAGAGAUUCAGCAGUAAGAGAGCUACAGCAAAAGACUGAGAACUAUGAACAAAGAAUACGCGAGCAACAGGAACAGCUGUCAUUUCAACAAACUCUUAUUGACAGGCUAAAAUCACAGCUGCUUCUUGUGGAUUCUAGUCGAGAUAACAGUUAUGGCUAUGUACCUUUGCUUGAAGGCAGUGACAGAAGGAAGAAUAAUUUGACCCUUGAUGAACCACAUGAUAAAGUGAAACUAGGAACACUGAGAGAUAAGCAAUCAAAGGUGAGAAGACAAGACGUUUCUUCUGGAAAAGAAACCUCAAAGGAUCUCAGCAUCCCUUUGCAUCACGAAAGGGAUAAUAUAGAGAAGACUUUCUGGGACCUUAAAGAAGAAUUUCAUAGGAUAUGCUUGCUAGCAAAAGCACAGAAAGACCACUUAAGCAAACUUAAUAUACCAGAUAUUGCAACUGACACACAGUGUUCUGUGCCUAUACAGUGUACUGAUAAAACAGAUAAACAAGAAGCUCUGUUUAAGCCCCAGGCUAAAGAUGAUAUAAAUAGAGGUAUGUCGUGCGUCACGUCUGUCACACCAAGAGGACUGGGCCGGGAUGAGGAAGAUACCUCUUUUGAAUCACUUUCUAAAUUCAAUGUCAAGUUUCCGCCUAUGGACAAUGACUCUACUUUUCUACAUAGCACUCCAGAGACACCGAACAUCGUUACUCCUGCCACACCUGAGGCAGUGUGCCAGGACCGAUUUAAUAUGGAAGUCAGAGACAACCCAGGAAACUUUGUUAAAACAGAAGAAACUUUAUUUGAAAUUCAGGGAAUUGACCCCAUAACUUCAGCUAUACAAAACCUUAAAACAACUGACAAAACAAAACCCUCAAAUCUUAGAGCUCCGUGUUUGCCAGCUGGAGACCAUAAUGUGUUCUAUGUAAAUACGUUCCCACUUCAAGACCCGCCUGACGCACCUUUUCCCUCACUGGAUUCCCCAGGAAAGGCUGUCCGAGGACCACAGCAGCCCUUUUGGAAGCCUUUUCUUAACCAAGACACUGACUUAGUGGUACCGAGUGAUUCAGACUCAGAACUCCUUAAACCUCUAGUGUGUGAAUUCUGUCAAGAGCUUUUCCCACCAUCCUUUACAUCCAGAGGGGAGUUCCUCCGGCAUCUUAAUACACACUUUAAUGGAGAGACUUAAAUCACAUUUGAAAACAGACAUAUCAUGUUCACUGUGAUGAUUUUGGAUUUGUAAUGCUAUAGAAUGCUUGCUUGUAAGCUAAAUUUAAGGUCGUUUAUAAAAGGAAUUCAUUGUCACA